AUGGACAAUAACACGAGCGAUAUGACUACCUUAGUUCAAGGAUGGAACUCAGGCCCUAACACUCGAGGGACCAUGGACAUAAUAUGGUCUUCAUUACUGACAAUUGUCCUCUGCACCUGGACCGCGCUUUGUUUGAACCUCCCUCACCCUAACGAUGGGUCUUUCGAAAUCCUCCGUCAACGAGCAAAAUGGAUUUUCUGGGCUAUUGUCGCCCCAGAACUAGUCCUUACAGUUGCCAUGGGCCAAUAUGCAUCGGCGCGCCGAUCUGUCCUCAGGUUUCGAAAGUUUACGGCCCAGCAGGAUAGUUGGACUCUUCGGCAUGGGUUUUAUGCUGAUAUGGGUGGAAUGCUUCUUCAGCCCAGAGCAAGCACCCCGUUUCUUGUCAAUGCUCGUCAGCUGGCAUAUCUGGUGGAAAAAGGAUAUGUGGAAGUUCCCCAGAUCACAGCAGGGGAGAUCUGGGACCGAUCCAAAACUGAUGCUUUAGGGCGUCUUCUCUCAUUACUCCAAGCCACUUGGUUCUUAAUAGAAUUGCUUGGCCGUGCUUUUCUCCAGCUUCCCACAACCACAUUAGAACUUUCUACGGGAGCGAUUGUGGUCUGUACCAUGGGUACAUUUCUCUGCUGGUUCCAUAAACCAAGCGAUGUACAGACUGGCAUCAUCUUGAAAACAGAAGCUACAAGGGCAGACAUUCUAAUCGAUGCUGGUGAUGCUGCCGCUGUUCCUUACAAGCACACGCCUCUUGACUUCAUCGCUAAGCAAUCACCGACAUGUGGAUUUGAAGUUAUGGAAUUUUUCAAUCUGCGCUUUGACAAUCGCGAAAGGCCAUUACGUCGUUUCCCCAAUGACCGUUUCCCUGAUAUUGGAACGAUGGAAAAGUUUCUUCCAUUCUGUACCACUACCACCUUUGCGUCUCUCCAUUUGAUAGGAUGGAACUUUGAAUUCCCAUCCCAGACCGAAAAGGUCUUGUAG